UACUCUGCUGAGGAGCUUCUGGAACAAAUACUGUCACAGGAGCGACUCGAUCUGAACUCGGGAUCUGAUUGAUUAUCUUAAAUGCAAAUCUGCUGAACUGUGUGUGUUUAAGAGGAGAAGCUCUGCGGACCUGCUGGCAUCACACUUUCAGUUCUCUCGGGUUUAUUUACACCUGCACCAUGAGGAAGGGCUCCUGCUGCAUGUUCACGUCUGGAGUCGUCGGCGCUCUGCUCCUGAUCUCGGGAAUCGCCCUGAUUGUGUCCGGACUCUUCCAGACUUUGAUCCACAACAAGCUGAAGGGGGAGAUCUCGCUGACGGAGGGCAGUAAAGUUUUCGCCACGUGGAAGAAUCCACCGCCUCCGGUCUACAUGCAGUUCUUUUUCUUCAACGUCACCAACCCUAAUGAGUUCCUGAAGGGAGAAGCUAAAGCUCACCUCACUGAAAUGGGACCGUACACCUACAGACAGUACAGGCCCAAACGCAACGUGUCAUUUCUGCACAACGGGACGAAGGUUGCGGCUUAUACCCCCAAGACUUUCGUCUUUUUGCCUGAGAAAUCAGUUGGAGACCCGAAUGUGGAUAUGGUGACGACGGUGAACAUCCCGGCCGUGGCCGUGAUAAAUCGGGUCAAAGGCGCAGGAUUCUGGGUUUCCUCUGGUAUCUCCAUGUAUAUGGGCUCCAUCGGCACCACCAUGUUCAUGACGCACUCGGUGCAGGAGCUGCUCUGGGGCUUCAAGGACCCGCUGCUCACCCGACUGAAAACCAUAAAGCCAGAAACGGACGAGUACUUCGGUCUCAUGCUAAACAAAAACGGCAGUGAUGACGGUGAGUUCGUGUAUCACACCGGAGAGCACAAUUACCUGGACUUUGGCCGCAUUUACACCUGGAAGGGAGAAAAGAUGCUGUCCUUCUGGAAAACCAACCAGAGUAACAUGAUCAACGGCACCGACGGCAGCGCCUUCCACCCGUUCCUGAGCAAAGAAGAGCGGCUGGACGUCUUCACCGCUGACCUCUGCAGGUCCAUCCACAUGCGCUUUGAGAAAGAGGUGGAGGUGAAGGGAAUCCCGGCGUAUCGCUUCACGCCGCCCCGGGCCGUGCUGGCCAGUGGCAAAAACAACCCAGAAAACGAGGGAUUCUGCCUGACGAAGAAAUGCCUGGACGACGGCGUGCUGGAUGUGUCUGUGUGUCGGAAAGGUGCUCCUGUCGUUGUGUCGUUCCCUCACUUUCAUCUGGGUGAUGAGAAGUACUCCAAAGCUAUCGAUGGCAUUUCUCCAGUCCAUGAGAAGCAUCAGACAUUUCUGGAUCUAAACCCUACCAUGGGAGUGCCUGUUCGUGCCAUGAAACGAGCCCAGAUCAACAUUCACCUUGAGAGAGUCACUGGCUUUCCUUUGACCAGGAAUCUCAACAACACCAUUUUCCCCAUUGUGUUUCUGAAUGAGUCGGUGUUGAUUGACGACGCUUCGGCCGCGAGGAUUCAGAAGCUGCUGCUCGUUGUGACUCUGGUCUCUCAUUUCCCGCUCAUCCUCAUGGCUCUGGGAGGCAUUCUGCUGAUUGUCUGCAUCAUCCUUGCCUUUCGCUUCUAUCAGAACAAGCCAUCUGCAAAGAAAGACACAUCGUAUGCUCCUGUGAGCGCCAAAGUGGACGAUCAAGACGAGAAAAACGGAACCUAUGUUGGGAUGACGCCCGUGGACAAGUCUUAAACCACUGUGUGUGUGUGUGUGUGUGUGAGUGUGUGUGUGUGUUUGGGUGUGUGUGUGUUUGUCACAGAUGAGGUCACUUUCAGUAGUCAGCAGAGCAGUGUGUGUUAGUCAUCAGAUUUACACACUGACUCCUCCUCAGGACUGACGCAAACAAGCAUCUCGAUGAAGGAAUGAAGAGCGUCUCUGCACACACACACACACACACACUUCAGACUCAUUCAGCAUCUGUUUCAUUUCAUAUUUAAGUACUUUGACACACAUUAAAGCUGCUGUCAGUGAUUUUUUUAGGAGUAUCACACAUUUAAUAUUGAGAAAUCUCAGCUGCAUCUGUUAAGACACUCAAUUCUAACCCAAAUGACACUCGCAGACCUAAUGACGAGCUCACAUCUUAAGAUUUUAAUUGCAUAUUAAAGUCUGGGUUUUAACAUUAACUUAUGUGAUGCUUAUCUGUCAGUCAUACAUAAUGUCAGAUUUCUAAACACACACAAAAACAAUCAUGCUAGAUUUUAUUUUCUAUUUGUAUUUUAUUUACACAAUCAUAUUUUCAAAAUGCAUUUAUUCUGCUUAGAAUCAGCAUAAAUCUGUUCAUUGUAAAAACAAUUACAUUAAUUCAUUUCAAAAGUGCAAACAUGGUUAAAAUGUGUAUAUAACUGUGAAAGAAGCAAUAUUCAGUUGAAACUUUUUUAUGUGAGUAAAAAUCUGGUCACUGUGUAUUUAAAGCACAUGCAGUUAAUUAGUACUAUUACAGAAAUCUGACUAGUUUCAUUUAUACAUGACAGACAAAUAUGCAUCACAUUAAGUUUGGAACUGUGCAAUUCAACUUUUAUAUGCAAUUCAUACACACAAAUCUUAACUUCAGGCCUUUUUUUGAGUGCAGGGGAGUGGCCUGUUUUUUGAGCCAAUCAGAAACAUUAAUUUUACAUGUUCAGAUUUGCAGACCUCAGUUUGGCGUGUGCGUUGUGUUGUGUCUUAGUGGGUGGUUUUUCGUAUAAAGUGGGUGUGUGUCAUUUAGUGGGCGGGGUUUGGCAUAGAGGGCUUGCGUAGCUUAGUGGGUGGGGUUUAGUACAGGGGUGUGUGCCGUUUAGUGGGCGGGGUUUGACAAGCAUCUGUGUCAUUUAGUGCGUUGAGUUUGACUGUGUGUGUGUUUUAGUGGGUGGGGUUUAACACAGAAGGAGUGUCUUAGUGGGUGGAGUCAGUGGGUGGGUUUGACAUAAAGAGCAUCUAUGUCAUUUAGUGGGUGGAGUUUUACAGUGUGUGUGUGUUUGUUCAGUGGGUGGGUUUAGUAUAGCGGGCGUGUGUGGGCGGGGUUCAACACAGAAGGCGUGUCUUAGUGGGUGGAGUCAGAGAGUGAGUGUCUCAGUGGGUGAAGUUUCAUAUAGGGGGGUUUGUGUGUUAGUGGGCGGGGUUUGACAAAGCGUCUGUCAUUUAGUGGGUGGAGUGUAUGUGUGUGUGUGUUUUGUUUAGUAUAGAGGGCUUGUGUGUGGCUUAGUGGGCGGGACUUAACACAGAAGGUGUGUCUCGUAGUGGGCGGAGUCAGGGUGAUUGUAGUCAUAAAAGCUCCUGAAAUCACUUACAGCAUCUUUAACAAUCAGACACUAUGUUCAGAGUUUUCAAACCUCUUAAAAGGCCAAACAAAAGCAACUUUAUAUUUGUUACCAAAUGGUCCGUUCACACAGGACGUGUUCCUGCAUUUAAAAACAACUGAAUUGAGAUCAGUGAAAUAGAACAGAAAAAGUAGUUUUACCUUGACAUACGGUGCUGAGCGUCCUGUGUGAACGACCCACGUGUGACUGAACCUGCUGUGCCUUUCAUUACAAACUCUUGUGUUGUUUUAUUUGACAUCACAUUACCGUGCCUUGAUUUGAUAAGUGUAAAAUACUACAGUUGAUUUAGUCGAUGUUAUGGAAUAUAAUCUAACGUCUGCAGUCAUUUCGUUCAGACUCACGUCUGUAAACAUGAUCUUUGAUCCUCAAACACUGAACACAGACGACCGUCUGAAUGAUUUUAGAUGAGAAUUGUUCUGAAAUGAAGAUAAUCUGUAAGUAUUAUUAGACGGCAGGACUGCAAUGAGAUUGCAGUUCUUUUAGUGUUACUGAACUAAUAUUUCAGGAUGUUUUCUGGAAUAUGAACAGGAGUGUUUUCAAAGGUUCAAUCUGUAUAUUUUCGUCGUUUAGCAGACAGGAUCACACGUGUGUUUUGACAAGUUACUGUUUAAUGUGUUUGUACUGGCUUUGCUUAAACUAGAUGCUUCGGUAUAUCAUAACACGAUAACCUCGUAUUAUAACUCAAGGUAUUAUCAUAUUGCACUAAAAUACACAAUAUUACAUAUAAUUCUGAAGCUGCACGUUUAACGCACUGUGUUUUAUGAGAUGGUCACUGGUUUCAAUCUCUGAGCCGUUUAUUUGAGUUUGAUGAUUUUUUUAAUGUUAUAUUAAUGUGCCAAACCUGAUUGAGUCUAAUCAAAAAAUAAAUACUGCACUCGAUGAGUUUGAUUCGCUUGGAUGUCCGGAAAAAAAACAAAAAACAUCUGUGUUCAAAUGAGUGUUUGAGACUGAAUGUAAUGUAAUUUAAAAGCCUUUUGUGUCUUUUCAGCAUUUCAGGUGUUAAAUGAUGCAGAAUCUUGCCUUCGUCAGUGUAUAAAACUCAGUGGCCUUCCAUCUUUGAACGCAGACUGUUUAAUGUCUUCUGCAUCUGUCCAGCUCUUAGAUUUCUAUAAUAAGACUGCACAAAUAAUUGUACAGUUUUGUAUAUAAAUGAAGCCUGUUUCCUGUGGAUUUAUAAGAAAAUACAAUAAAAAGUCUUUCUGAAAGGCA